AUGAGAACCUCACCGCUUUUAGCAAUUUUUGUCGGCUCAGGCGAAGCCGACUUCCUCGACUUUUGGAGAGAGACUGAUAUUUUCGCGCAUCAAAUUCGCGAUACAAUUUACAAGAAAGGGGCUCAAAAGUUCAGCAAAAAAUACGAUCGUGUCCGGGAGGUCGUCAACUUCUAUCAAAGCAGCGGCGAGUGUGACUCCGUCGUCACGAGCCCGACCUAUGAACCGGUCACUUUUGACGAAGGCUCUUUUGAUAGAAGAGCGAGUCCAGCCACGAACAUCGCGGUUUUCACCGAUCUUAUUGAUCGUUGGAUUCAGUCAUACGCUUGCAUCGAGGAUCUAGCGACAUUCGACUCGAUAGUGGAAGCUCUGAGUGACAUCUUCAAGAUCGCCAAGCGAAAAAUCAACCGCGACCAAGACGUAGCCUUUCACCUCUCCGAAGACGUGAUGACUUUCGAUCAAGCUCGAGCCUACUGUUUUACCAAUGACAUGUGGCUCGCCAACCCGAAGAACUCUGGCCAGCAAUGGGGCAUCAAGAGAAGCGAGUUCACCAACAAAUUCGUCUGGUUCGACUCAUGGAAAGCAAAUGAAGGCGAGUGCUGGUACCAGAACUCGUGGCACAAACUCAUCAAUAAUGGAACCGGAAGCAUGGCCGGUACGAACGAGGGCCCAACAGAUUGCAACAACAAGUACCACGCAGCUUGCGAGAGUGGCCAACUCUACGAGAAAACGUGCCUUACCUUCAAAAAAGCUCCUUACGGCGAGACCGAGUUCGUGGACGCUCAGGCCUACUGCAACUUGGCAGGCGGCAGUCUUCCAUUUUUCAACGACAAAAAGGAGCUGGACGAAUUCAACUCGCAAGUUUCAACCAGGCAAAUGAUCGGUCUCGUACGAGACAGCAAACUUGCCAGCGGGUGGAUGACCAGAACCGGCGAAGAGGCUACUUUCUUCAAGUGGCGUAAAGGUGAGCCCAAUAACGCCGGCGGAGAUGAAAACUGCGUCGCAACUGCCAGCAACAGCGAUCUCUUAUGGAACGAUGUUCCUUGCGGAUUCCCUGACCCCGUCGAUUUUUCAUGCAGAUUCGACGAAACCAUUCAUGUCUGGAAUUCGUGCCCGAGGCAUGUGAUGCCCGCGCGUCCUCAAUGCUACGACCCAUGCGACGGAUUCGACAACUGCCAAACAUUCGUCGAUAGCUGUCCAAUUGUCCCAAGCAAGGACAAUCUCAUUGCCACGGUUGAAGAGCCAACGAUCAACUUCGAAGUGACCGUCGACGUUUGGUUCCCCUACGCCACCGCUGUCAACGGUCAAUACUUUCAAAUCUUCCGAAUGGGAACGGGAGGUCGUGAGGGCGAAUUUGGCGAUCGGUUCUUUGGAAUGUGGCUGAAUAGAGGCAAGAGCAAGCAAUAUCAGAUUCAGAUGAACGCAGUGCAAUCGCUUUCAAUUCUCCCCACCUUCUACGCAAAGCAAAUGGUAAGCGAUAUUGACAACUCUGAAAUGCAACGAUGGUCAACCUUCAAAUACUCUCAAAGUCCCCACGAAACUGAUAGCACGAAGACAACAUCUAAACUCUUCAAAGACGGCGUCCUCAUUGCCGAAUUCGAUCAAAACACCGCCGAUAUUGAGAUCGAUCGAUCUCUUAACGUCUGGGUGGGCGAUCCGUGGUACAAUGCAGCUCAAGAAUACCGCGUCAAAAAUUUUUCCUUCAAAAAGUUUCCGUCGACGCCGCAUGGAAAUGUUGCAAGCAUAAUCGUCUCUUCCGGAGAAGUGAGCGGCCACAUCCAACGAUUUGACUGGGACGGAGAGAGCCUGAGCAAAGGACGAGUCGUUGGAGACGUCGGAGACACCAGAGAUAUGACCCGACCUCUUCUCUUUCCGUUCAGCAUGGCCGACGAAUGUGGACUCAUUGAGACAACAAGCGACUCUGCUGGCGCCUUCACCCAAAUCGAUGAUACAUAUGGACUCGAAGGUGGAUGGCUUGAACGAAUUGCUACUACUUUUUUCAGCGAUGGAACUCAAGUGCAUCUCGACUUCCGUACGCCGCCACCAGUGGACGAUGGAAACAUGGGUCGUCUCUAUGCUGCGCAACUUGGAAAGGUCAAUGGACAAUAUUACGUUUUCGGAGGUUACAAGGCUCCCUAUGCAAUCUAUUCCGUAAAUGGAUGCGAGAUGGAAGAACUGCCGAUUAAACUCAAGACACAACGCGCAGUCUACGGUCCGGAAGUUCGAACUCUUGUCCACGCAGAUGGAGAUGAAAGAGCUUACAUUUGCUUCUCGAACUCCCAAAAUGGGAAAUUUUCAAAAUUAUCAAAUUUCAGACGCUGCGAUACAUUCGAUGGAAGCGAGGUUGAAACAUCCCUUUACAAAAGUAUUACCAACCGCAGAGAUGCGUCUAUUGCAAGCUAUCGUGACGGUCUUCUUGCUUUUGGGGGUUACAGUUACACAAAGUCUGCAGAGAUAUUCACUUCCGAAACCGGCUUCGUCCCGACAACAGACUUGAUCGUCGGAGUGAAGGGCAUGACCUCCGCCACAAUCGGCGGAGAUCGAGUGUUUUCUUUCGGCGGAGAUGUUGACGGAUUAACUACCGGUACUUUCAACUCAGUCAUCAAUGACAAGAUCUUCAUGUAUUACGACGGCGUGUGGUCUGAUUUAGGAUCAAUGGUCACCAAUAACUACAGAAUGAGUGCCAUUGUUUUUGAGCACAAUCUCCGGCAAAUCGCAGCAGCUGAUUGCGAAGAUGAUGAUCCCGAUUGCUAG